AAAGAGCCGAACGGGAACGAGGAAGGAAGGUUCCAGCGACCGUGGUCGUGGAGUAGGAGAAAGCGCGAUGGGGAAGAAGCGGCAGCUUAUCUGCCUCGCAGCCGCCGUCGCCGCCGCGGCCAUCCUCCUGACAGCGUCGGCCAAGAAGUCCAGCGACGUCACCGAGCUUCAGAUCGGCGUCAAGUACAAACCGGAGUCAUGUACCCUGCAAGCACACAAAGGAGACAAGAUUAAGGUUCAUUAUCGUGGGGCACUCACUGACGGAUCAGUUUUUGAUUCUGGCUAUGACAGAGGUGACCCGUUUGAAUUUACUCUUGGAAACGGCCAAGUGAUAAAAGGCUGGGACCAAGGAUUGCUAGGUAUGUGCGUCGGUGAAAAGCGGAAGCUAAAGAUACCUGCAAAGAUGGGCUAUGGCGAGCGAGGCUCCCCACCGAAGAUUCCAGGCGGAGCGACUCUGGUAUUCGACACGGAGCUUAUCGCCGUCAACGGGAAGACAUCUGGCGGUGCGAAUCCAGAAACUGAAAGUGAGCUCUGAUACGAUGCAUUGGAUGGAGAGUUUCAGUUUCAGCUCGAGGGAGUAGCAAAGUCACGUAGUUCAUUUGGUGCCGUGAAAGGGCUGUUGUUUUGUUUCCUUCAUGCAUGGCAAUUUAUGUUUUAGAGAUGUCAUACUCUGGAAACAUUGAAGCAGGUCUGGACUGUUGUUGCAUCGAUCCACGGGUCGGAAAAUUUCAAAUGUAAUGAGUGGUGAGGCAGCA